GCGGUUGCCAGGUGAGCUGUUAAGAGCUGCCGCGGAAAGUGACAGAAACUGUCUGCCUGCUCCUCCGUCUUCUGGAGCUGUUGUUAGUAUCAGCUUGCCCGGAGGCGUGUUGCCGCCGCCCUCUCCCGCCCUGCGCCUGUUUCCUCCGCUGCUGAGCUGUCCCGGACAGGUGCCAUGCCGCCUCCAGACAUGAUGUUCUGCGCUCAGCAGAUCAGCAUCCCGCCGGAGCUCCCGGACAUCCUGAAGCAGUUCACCAAAGCCGCCAUCAGGACGCAGCCCAGCGACGUGCUUCAGUGGUCUGCAGCAUAUUUUUCUGCUCUAGCAAGAGGUGACCCACUUCCUGUUAAAGAAAGGCUUGAGAUGCCAGUAGCAACACAGAAGACAGAUACAGGACUCACACCAGGGCUCCUCAAGAUCCUUCAUAAACAGCUUGGACCAAAAGGAAACGUGACUAAAGCAGAGCUGGAGGACCGUUGGCGAGACCUCUCUCUGCCCAAGGAGCAGCUGGACAGUCUGCUGGGACUGGGAAACUUCGGCACCAGCAUUGAAUGGAUUAAAGUCUUUGCUCUGGGCUGCAGUGCUCUGUCUGGGACGAUCAUCAGCGCUCUGAAGCACGCCUGCGAGAUCCUUACCGAAGACCCAGAGGGGGGAGCGGCCCGCAUUCCCUUCGACACAUUUGUGACCCUCUACACCUAUCUGGCCCAGCUCGAUGGGGACGUCCCGCAGGAGCACAUAGACAGCUUCCUUCACAGCCUUGAGGAGCCUGUGGCCAAGCAGAAUGGAGUGAUCCAAGUGUCAAAUUUCUACAGGCGUAAAAAGUGAAUUCAUGAUAAGAACAGAAGGAGAGGCAGGGAACAGACAGGGCAGGUGGCCUGAGAUGGUAGCUGAGACAGUCCCGUUUCAUGGAACACCUUAAUGCAAAUUAAAACAGAGCCACUGAUACAAUUAACUGUUGUGGUAUGGGUCCAUGUCUGUCAGAAAAAAAUAUAUCAAGAACAGUUUCUCCACAUUCUUCACAAACAUUCUUCAUUGUUCUGGAUUUAGGUGAUUUUGUUACUUUUAUUUUCUUUAUCUAGACGUAUAAGAGACAGCUGUCCUUGACAAGUGCAGAGCUGUAAAGUGUUGUGCUCUAUUUACAGCACUUAAAUGUAUUUAUUUAGUCAUAAAAAUCUCUGAAAGGCUGUUGAUUCUGGACUGUAAGGUGGUGAUAACAGUCUUUGUAGCUCUAACAGUCUUCAACAGCAAUGCUAUAAGAGUAGAUAAGCUUCGCCCUGGCAGAGUACUCAGUUCUUUAGCUCAAGGGUCUGUCUCACAGAAUUCUGGCUGGCAUGUUCUUGUUGAAAAAUUCAGGAUCCCCAUACUGCUCUUGAAUGAACUUAAUAAAUACAUUUAUAAAUACAUUUAUUCAGAAAUGUUAUAAUGGCAGCCUUGUCAGAUCAUAUAAUAGAAAUUAAUCACAAAAUAUGAGAUGGAUCAUAUACAAUGUUGCUAUGUGGCUGGCUGGUUGAUUCCAGCAUGUUGGGAUUGCUCAUUAUAAUAUGGCAGUGCUUUGUGCGUGUACCAGUUAGAAUAUAUAGAUUAUUUAUGAUAAAUGAGACCGUGUGCAGUUAAAUUUAUUUAGCCAGGCCUGGGCUGUGAUGGAGUUUCACACUGCACAGUCCAGCUGGGAGUGUUUCUGGUGUCUGGGGAGGGUUGAUGGAUGGACUCUCAGAUUGUUCCCUCUCUUGUUCUCUGACCUGUGAUGUUCCUUCACUUGGAAUAAAACUGCUUUAACUUUG